AUGUUUCCGGACCUCCCUGCUUCUGUGAAGCGGCCCUUGGCCCGCGGGUCUGAUGUUGCUCGUGGCGUACUCGGCAGUCUGACCUGGGGGCCUGCCCUCUCCAUUGCCAAACCGGCCAUUACCUCUGUCUUGUCCCGGAUAGAAAUCGGAACCUUGCUGUUGGUGGACGAGCCGGCUCAGACCAGGAUGGUCUAUGGGCAAAAGCUGGCCGGGAACCCCAAGUACGCCGAUUUCUCUACCGGGGUGAAUGGGGUUCGCAAAGCCAGUACCGUCCCCCGUGUAGAAUUGGUUGUUAAGGAUGACUCGUUCUGGAUGCGGCUCUUCCUGUUCGCCGAUAUGGGCUUCGCGGAAGCGUACAUGUUGGGAGAGGUUGAGUGUGCCGACCUCACGGCUUUCUUCCAGCUUUUCAUCGUGAACAGGGAGCAGAUGGGCAAUGGUACGACUUGGUUCUCUUCAAUAUCGCACGCGCUCUCGAGCGUUGCGCGGUCCACAAACACGCUCGGGAACUCUCUUCUCAACAUUUCGGCCCAUUAUGAUAUUAGCAACGAUAUGUUUGCCGCUUUCCUGUCGCCGGACAUGACUUACUCGUGCCCGAUAUGGAGAAUGCAUACGGACCUGGAUGAGCGGGAAGAGACACUGGAGGCUGCUCAGCUGACCAAGUUGACUCGUUUCAUUGACGGCGCUCACAUCAAAUCUACGGACCACGUACUGGAAAUCGGUACUGGAUGGGGGUCCUUCGCCAUUGCGGCCGUACGAAAGACAGGGUGCCGCGUGACAAGUCUCACGCUGUCCAAAGAGCAGAAGCUGCUGGCGGAGAAGAGGAUUGCAGAGGCAGGCUUUGCUGAUAGGAUCGAGGUCUUGCUCAUGGAUUACCGUUCGUUGCCGGUGCCUGAGCAGCCGUACGAUAAAAUUGUGUCGAUCGAGAUGCUGGAAGCAGUUGGGCAGGAGUUCCUGGGCACUUACUUUUCUCACAUGGACCGACUGCUGAAAAAGGACGGCGGCGUUGCCAUGUUCCAAUGCAUCACCAUGCCGGAGGGACGACAUGAGGCUUACUCAAAGGGAGAAGACUUCAUCAAUCACUACAUCUUCCCUGGCGGCUAUCUGCCUUCAAUCACGCAGCUUCUGGAUCACAUUAGCAAGGAGUCGAAGGGGACCCUGAUUGUUGAAAAGGUUGAGAACAUCGGAGGCCACUACGCAAAGACGCUCCGCUUGUGGAAGGAAAACUUCUUGGAGAAGUUUGAGUCCCACAUCCGUCCGGCACUGCAGAACGAGCAUGCUGAGAUGACACAGCGGGAAAUCGAGGUGUUCAAACGGAAGUGGGAGUACUACUUCACGUAUUGUGAAGCUGGAUUUGUGACCAAGACCCUAGGAGAUGUCAUCAUUACAGUCGGGCGAGAAGGUGCCUUGGAGCUCAUGGAGGGGAUUCCCAUCUGA